CAGGGUUCCGUCUUGACGAUCAUCGACUCGAUCUCUGUUAAAAGUCUGUUCCGAGUGUUCCGCAGCCAUUGUGCUUUGGUGUUUAUAGUUUUGUCGGUAGGCCGAUUCGAAGUUUUAGAGCUGUUUCCCGGGAAACUUCGAAUGGAUCAACCCAACAUGACGCUGCUGAGUCAUCCCGCAGGCCCCAUCCAGCCGCCGAGCGGGCCCCAUUCGGCCGCCGUCAAGCGGGGGGCGAGGGGAAACAGACACGGCCCCCUGCACGGCAGCACGCAGGUCGAGCGACUGUCGCUGGGCGAUGAGGCGAAAUUGCUGUACUCGCAAGAGAUGGCGUCGAUGCCGUCGAAGACGCCCGUCUCGGUGCUGCAGGAGCUUCUGAGCAGACGCGGCGUGACGCCCAAGUACGAGCUGGUGCAGAUAGAGGGCGCCAUCCACGAGCCGAUCUUCCGCUACCGCGUCUUCUUGAGCAACGAGCUGGUCGCCACCGGGACGGGGCGGUCGAAGAAGGACGCGAAGCACGCGGCAGCGAAGAAUCUGCUGGAUUUGUUGGUGGGGAAGGUGACGCCGGAGCAGGCGAACCAGACGAACGGGGCGGCCGGGGCGGUCGAUAUCACCAACCAGGUGGUGUCGCCCUACGACGACAAAGUAAUAGGCAACCCCAUCGGGUCGCUGCAGGAGAUGUGCAUGUCUGCUAUCAGCACUAACCAGGUCGUC